GGAAAAGCCUAUCAGAAAGCAUAUCAAAGCAGGAGGCAGAUGGAAAGUUCCUUCAGUUCUCCAUUGCCCUCCAUCUGAUGAGGCUCUAGGUUAGCCACAUUUGUCAUGAAAAUUAAAGACAGAUGUAGAGGAGAUGGGAGUUCAAGUGAUAUGAGCACCUUCAGUAUUUCAGACAAGAUUGGGUUUGCCUCAGCUGCUACUACAACCUUUCAGAUGAGUGAGCCUCAAAUCCAAAGAAAGCCAUCCACAUGCUGCGCUCGGACUACUCUUGUCAUCUAUCUGCUGCUGCUGACAGUUGGCCAAGUGCUGUUGGCGUACAAAGUGUUUAAGAUGAAGGAGGAGAUACUGAAAUGUCAGGAAAAUAAUGCCUUCCAUGCUGAAGAGAUGAUAGGAAGAUCCUAUACUGACAACCUUCUUUUGGAGAAAAACUUCACAGAGAGGGACAUGGGACGUGAAGAAAACUGGAGGAGGCACUUAGAAAAGGAAAUCACCAUAAUUAAAAGCAGCAAUGCAAACUUGAUGAUGAUGAUGAGCAACAUCACCCUGCUUGCAGGGCAUCCUGGACACAAAGGAGAACCUGGUCUACCAGGGCUACAGGGACCACCAGGGAUAAAGGGAGACCGAGGAAUUCCAGGCUUACAGGGCACUAAAGGAGAUCGUGGUCCCACUGGCCCAAGGGGUGAACAAGGAGAAAAAGGAAUAAAAGGACAAGUAGGAUUUCCAGGUCUUGUAGGGCAGAAAGGUGAAAUGGGCCAGAAGGGUGAUCCAGGGAACCGUGGACCCAUGGGUCCUCCAGGAAACCAGGGAGUGCCAGGACUGCCAGGCUUCAAUGGCAGUGCGGGAGAGCCCGGACGUCCUGGACAGAAAGGAGAAGCAGGCCCAGCUGGAGAACGUGGCCUCCCAGGACCUCCUGGCCCCAGCAGUCCUGGGCAGAAGGGAGAGAAGGGAGACCUUGGGUCUAAGGGCUCUCCAGGAAUGCCAGGCAAUGUGGGACCCAAAGGUGAAAAGGGAGACAGAGGAGUUCCAGGUGUUGUAGGGCCAAAAGGAACAAAGGGAGACCAGGGCCCAUCAGGCAUCCAAGGUCCAACUGGUCAAAAAGGAAGCAAGGGUGAUUAUGGCAGUAAAGGUCUGAAAGGUGAACCAGGAGUAAAAGGAGACAAAGGAGACCAAGGAAACCCAGGUUACUCCAACAACAUACGAAUCGCAGGAGGGGGCAGGAGGGGUCGUGUGGAAAUCUUUCACCAAGGGUCCUGGGGAACAAUAUGUGAUGAUGACUGGGACACCCAGGAUGCCUCUGUUGUCUGCAGAAUGAUGGGGUACAGAAGUGCCAUCUCCGCCUUCACUGCAAGUGGAGGCACUGGACAAAUUUGGCUUGACAAUGUGAACUGCAGAGGGAGUGAAAGUUCGAUUUACCAGUGUAACAAACCUGACUGGGGCGAGCACAACUGCUCCCACAAUGAGGACGCUGGGGUGGAGUGUAUCUGAUGAGACACAGGGCUGACCCAGGAACCACUGCCCCCUCGUGUGCUCCACAGGACCCCUGUUCAUUGCAUUCAUCCAGCUUCUUCACACAGAGGGAAUUCCAUUUUCCAUAAAUCAGCAACAAUAGCAAGACUCACAAAUAAUGUGAGGCAUCCCAGCUGUCAGAAAUCAGCUGGAGCUCAGCUGUGAUCAAGUGCGUGGCUUUGCCACCUGCCUGACACUAGCCCACCUGCAGCAGCUGUGGAGCUGCUCUGCUUUAGCUCAGUGCAAUAGGAGGGAACAGGAGAAGCCUGCAGAAUGAGCUGUAGCUUACCUGGCCAGCCUUAACACAGUGCUGUUGUCAGCCCGCCCUAAAGCCCAUUGUAAAGAGCAUGUACCCAAGACAGAAAUCAUUAAGUGAUCUUUUUGGUGUGUAAACACAAAAGUUCUUCAGGUGAGAUGAUGAUCACAGGUCAAAAUGCAACCAUACCAGCCUGGGAUCCAGGUUUAGCACAGACCUUGUAUUUGACCUUGGCCAAGUCUCCUGCCUUCUCUGUCAGCAUUUCCUAACCUGUUUCCCAGGAACAAAACCCUCACCUUAUCUGGUGUAUAAAACUGUGUGCCUUCAGAAAUGAGAAGUUCCACUUUAGAAAUGAGAUGUUCCACUACAACAAAGAGAUGAUGAAUAAAAGCAAUAAGGGUGAAGUAUCAACUAAUUAUCCUCUCACAGUGAAAAUAUGGUCCCUAAACCAAAGGUUUCUGCCUUAAAUGAAAAUCCUAUGUAUCUGAGACAAUAAGUGAAAGACUUCUCUUUCUUAAAGCCUAAAGUCUUCCCCUUUUUAACAGCUCUGGGCAUUUGGCAGGUGACAAGAAGCCUGUGCAUAAACAGCUGUGCACAUUGCAGCAACCUGCUUGCUAACAUUGUAUUUAACACAUCAGAAAUGGCUGUAAGCAACCCCACAUUUCUGCAUCAGCAUUAUCCGCAACUGCACUUAUCUACACAGCUUCUAACUCAAUUUUUGUGCUCACAAACCCAGAUCUAAGUGGAAAAGCUGAGUGGUGCUGGUAAGAACAGCAGGUGACUGUGUGUAAAUAAAGCACUGUCACUUCUAGGGAAUAAAGGAUUUACAAACUGUA